AUGAAGGUGCCAACCUCUAAAGCAAUAUUAUUCUUUGUUCUCUCAGUCCUUCUGUCCUCAGUCUCAUGGGCAACUGCCUAUGCGGAUCUCAAUGACUUCCUUCAGUGCCUUCCCAAAUUUUCUGAGUCCUCCUACCCAAUCAUUGAAACCAUUUACACACAAAAAAAUACCUCUUUUCAAUAUGUUUUGAAUGCAUACAUAAAAAACCGCAGAUAUUCAACACCUACGAUUCCAAAACCAAUGGCUAUUAUUGCAGCCAUGCAUGAAUCUCAUGUCCAAGCAACUGUGGUUUGUGCAAAACAACAUGCUUUGCAUAUUAGAAUCCGGAGCGGUGGCUACGAUUACAAGGGCCUAUCAUACGUUUCAUCUGUCCCAUUUAUCAUUCUUGACAUGUUUAAUCUUCGAUCAAUUGAAAUAAAUGUCACAGAUGAAAGCGCUUGGGUUCAAGCUGGUGCCACGGCAGGCGAACUUUAUUACAAAAUUGCUGAGAAAAGUAAGGUUCAUGGAUUUCCGGCUGGAGUUUGCCCAACUGUUGCGACUGGUGGCCUUAUUAGUGGUGGCGGGUAUGGUCCUACAAUGAGAAGAUUUGGGCUUUCAGCGGAUAAUAUUGAAGAUGCUAAGCUAGUUAAUGUGAAUGGCACAAUUCUUGAUAGAAAUUCAAUGGGAGAAGAUCUUUUUUGGGCCAUUAGAGGAGGUGGUGGAGCAAGCUUUGGAGUCAUUCUUUCAUGGAAGAUUAAGUUAGUUCGAGUUCCAGCUAAAGUAACUGUGUUCAAUGUUACAAGAAGCAUUGAACAAGGUGCCCUAGACGUCCUUUACCGAUGGCAAUACGUUGCUCCUAAGCUGCCUAAAAACACCUACAUAAGAGCAACUUCGCAAGUCAGUAAUGGAGAGGGGAAGAAAAAGGACGUGGAAGUCUCAUUCGUUGGUCACUUUUUGGGACAAAUUGAUGAGCUUCUUCGGUUGAUAAAUGAGAGCUUCCCUAAACUUGGUUUACAGCGCAAAGACUGCUUCGAAAUGAGUUGGGUAGAAUCCACUGUAUUUUGGGCUGGCUACCCAAUUGGAACUCCCAUCAAUGUUCUACUUAACAUGACAAAUAUGCCAACAUUCUUCUUCAAAAGUAAGUCCGAUUAUGUGAAAGAACCAAUUCCAAAAGAAGGAAUAAAAUCCAUUUGGCAAAUGGUGCAUAAGAUCGAGAAAGUGUAUGUGCAAUGGAACCCUUAUGGUGGAAGAAUGGAUGAGAUUGCUGCCUCAGCCACUCCAUUCCCUCACAGAGCUGGAAACCUAUUCAAGAUUCAGUAUUAUAUGUCUUGGACAGAGGAAGGAAUUGAUACUACCAACAAGUACCUCAGCUUCUCGAGAAAAUUGUACGAAGCGAUGACUCCAUUUGUCUCCAAGAACCCAAGAGAGGCCUUCCUAAACUACAGGGAUAUUGAUAUUGGCGCUAAUCUUCAUAAUCAGACAGAGUUUGACAUUGCUAGGGUUUAUGGCAGCAAGUGUUUUAAAGAUAAUUUUGAUAGAUUGGUACGUGUGAAAACCGUGGUUGAUCCUCAAAAUUUCUUCAGGAAUGAACAAAGUAUACCACCUCUUUAG